AUGGGUAACCUUGUAAGACUUCGACAUUUUGUUCUCCCGGAAUGGUCGGUGCAGGGUUCAUAUAAAAUGCCAAGAGGAGUGGAUAACUUGAAUAGCCUUCAAACAUUGAGCACAUUCAUUGUGGGAUCAAGAAAUAUUAGCAACUUGAGGGGCUUGUCCCAACUCCGUGGGACUCUGGACAUUUGUAAUCUAGAAAAUAUUGGCUACAUUGGGGAAGCCAUGGGGGCCAAUUUAAAGAAUAAGCCACACCUUCUUGGGCUACGGCUGCAGUGGAGUCACUGUACAAGUGAAGAUAGUUUUCCUAAUUUAGACGAGGAUGUUCUUCAACACCUACAGCCCCCUACAAAUCUCAAAGCUCUAUGGAUUGAAAACUAUGGUGGUACGAGAUUACCAACCUGGAUAAAGUAUCCUUACUUUCCUAAUUUAGAGACUGUUAGUCUCAUUGAUUGUCACAAAUGCAGGUUCUUGCCUCAUCUCUGGAAACUGCCUUUGCUCAAUCACCUGGUCAUCCAAGGCUGCAGUGCCAUAAAAAUUGUGGGAAGUGAUGGGGAUGGCUCAUCAGCAGAUAGUGAGCAAUUUCGAUCAUUGGAGACACUUCGUAUUGAAUUUAUGGAAGAGUGGAAGGAGUGGCCCGAAAAAGGAGGAAGCCUAGGACAAUUCCCUUGCCUUCGUGAGCUGUUUAUAAUAGGAUGUCCGAAGCUAAGAAUCAUCUCUCAUCACUUUCCUUGCUUGGUGGAACUGGCAAUAGAAAAAUGUGACGAACUAAGAGAGCUACCAAAGCUUCUUCCUUCAUUACGACGGCUCCAUAUCAAGCAAUGUCCAAAAUUGGUGUUACUACAACAAUGUGAUAUUACCAAACAAGCCCCUGAUGGUCUGGUUGGUAUGAAAAGGCUAUGUUACCUUGAUCUCUCGGAAACUUCCAUGAAAGUGUUUCCGCAGUCGUUGGUUGAACUCCAGAGGCUACAAACAUUGAAGCUGAGCCAUAAUCGGGAGCUUGUCAGCCUACCCAAUGACAUCCAUAAGCUCGAAUGCCUACAUUUCUUGGAUUUGAGCAACAUUGGCAUCAGGGUCUUGCCAACUACAUUUGGGGAAUUGUUUGAGCUUUGUCACCUUGACCUCUCCCACACUCCAAUUGAAACCUUACCCGAGUCUAUGGUUAGGUUGGAAAGGCUAAGAACAUUGAAUCUCUCUCACUGUAAUUCUCUUUCUGGGUCUUUGCAUUACAUGACUGGAUGGAAAAACAUAGAGUGCUUGGACCUCUCCUUCACUGGUAUUGAAAUGUUAUCAGAGUUUGUAAGUAACCUUGACAAUCUAGAAAAGUUGAAGCUGGACGGUUGCUCUCGUCUCGCUGGGUUACCAAGUGACAUGGUUAAGCUGUCAAAGGGCAUCAAAUUGUCACCUUCCAUGAUGUCCACUGAAGGUCAAUAUUCACCAGAUUUUCUACUGGAUCAAUUGAAUUCUCAUUUAUUUAAAAAGACAAGGGAUGUACUAAGAAAGCCUAAUGGAAUGGGGCUUGGGGAUAUCACCCUCAUUUGUUCCCCACUUCUACAGGUGUUGCAGAGGUUAGAGAUGUCCCUGACCAUGCUCAGAGAUGCAGAGCUUCAGAAAUUGGGAGAUCCAGCAAAACACAAAUGUCUUGAACAUCAACCUCUAUUUGAAGGCCUAGGGCAUAUGUUGGAGCACAUUGCUUCAUGUGUUUCAGAACAAACACCUUUGAGUGAACUUCCACUGCAAGAUCAUCUUGAAAGAGAUGAGGCACUUGAUAUCAUAAACUCAAUCUAUGAUAAUUCAGUUGCACUAAGCAACAUCUCCUUGCAAUUGGAAACCAUUGAAAUGGCAGAGGGACCAGAUAAGGACCCACUUCUUCCUGUUCAUAUUUAUCAUGAGAUUGUACAGUCCAAGCCUGGAAAAGAACAAGCGUCAUCCAUGGACACCAAGAUUAAUGAAGGAUCAACUUCUGAAGUUGCUAAUACCUCAGAGGUAUGUAAAAGCUUUCACAAUCUACCUCAACAUCUAAAGAGAUGUGUUAUCUACACUUGCAAUCUGUUUCUUGGAGAUUAUGAAUUUGAGGAGGAUACAUUGAUCCAGUUAUGGAUUGGCGUGGGAUUUAUACAGACGGGAGAAGAGCAACUAGCGGAAAGGGGUCGAAUAUAUUUCAAAGAACUUCACAGACUUUUUAUUUUUCAGAUGUCAUCAUCUAUUGUUUGUGAAAAUUAUGAGUCAACAUACAGAGUUCAUAAGGAUGUCUGUGAGGUAAUAAAACAAUGUUGUCCAGAUCAUGAAUAUGCUAUAUCAAUGGAGGAUGGUGGACCAAAUAAGAUAUCUCCAGUGACUUUACAUUCCAUAUUGUUGGUUGGUGACAAAAUUUGCAACUUCAAUAUGAAACUAUUUGAAAGCAGGAUUGAGGGAGCAGAGCUGUUACGCACACUUAAAUUGCAGAAUGAGUGUGGAAGCCCCCCCAUCAAGCACAUUUCUCACAACUUGUUUGUAAAAUUGAGAUUCUUGAGAGUGUUGGAUUUGAGUUGUACAGAAAUCAAGGAGUUGCCAACCUCUGUUUGCAACUUGAGACAUUUACGAUACCUUGAUGUCUCCAACACCCGAAUCAGAAAGUUGCCAGAGUCGGUCAGUAAACUCUAUAAUCUGGAAACAUUGAAGCUUAGAGAUUGCUCAGACCUUAUUGGGUUACCCAAUGAAAUGAGUAAGCUGAAUAAUCGUCAGUAUCUCGAUCUGGAUGGAGUGCAUCAAUUGAAUUCCAUGCCUCCAAGAAUGGGACAGUUAACUAAUCUACAUACACUGAGCAUAUUCAUUGUGGGAAAAGCAGAAGGAUUCCGAAUUGAAGAGCUGAAAUGCAUGAAGAAGCUUAGAGGAUCACUUUGCAUAGCAAAGAUGGAGAAUGUUACCAAAGAUGAGGCUGAUGAUGAUGAAGCUCAAUUAGUUUAUAAGGAUGCAAUUCAUAAACUGGAGUUCCAAUGGAGUUCAUCAGAGAGUAAAUGUGGGACGGAAUUUAAUCUAAUUGAGCCUCAUCUCUUAAUCGAACAGUUAAAGAUAAUAUGGUGCUGA